UCCCCCUUUCCACUCUGCCAAUCAUUCUCACCAUCUCCAACCUCGUUCAAUUUGUCCCAAAACCCACAAGCCAUAUCAAUCAACUCUUCAAAUCCAACAAUGGGUUCAACAAGCGAGACCCAAACAAUUCACACAGACGAAGAAGAGGCUUGCUUGUUCGCUAUGCAAUUAGCGAGCGCGUCUGUUCUUCCCAUGGUGUUGAAAUCGGCCAUUGAGCUUGACCUUUUGGAGAUCAUGGCUAAGGCUGGUCCAGGUGCCUAUGUGUCGCCGUCGGAGGUGGCGGCUCAGCUGCCGACGAAGAACCCAGAUGCGGCGGUGAUGCUGGACAGAAUUCUGAGGCUCCUAACUAGCUACUCUGUUCUCAACUGUACUCUCCGAGACCUCCCCAAUGGAGGGGUCGAGAGGCUCUAUGGUCUCGCCCCUGUUUGCAAGUUCUUGACUAGAAACGCUGAUGGUGUUUCCAUGGCUCCUCUUUUGCUCAUGAACCAAGACAAGGUCCUCAUGGAGAGCUGGUAUUAUUUGAAAGACACAGUUCUUGAAGGUGGAAUUCCAUUUAAUAAGGCCUAUGGAAUGACUGCAUUCGAGUACCACGGCACUGACCCCAGAUUCAACAAGGUGUUCAACCAAGGAAUGUCCAAUCACUCCACCAUCACCAUGAAGAAAAUUCUCGAUAUUUACGGAGGCUUCGACGGCCUCACCACCGUUGUCGACGUUGGCGGCGGCACCGGAGCCACCCUUAACAUGAUUGUCUCUAAACACCCCACCAUCAAGGGGAUCAACUUUGAUUUGCCUCAUGUUAUCGAAGAUGCCCCAUCUUACCCCGGUGUGGAGCAUGUUGGGGGUGACAUGUUCGUCAGUGUACCAAAAGGGGAUGCCAUUUUCAUGAAGUGGAUAUGCCAUGACUGGAGCGAUGAUCACUGCUUGAAAUUUUUGAAGAACUGCUACGACGCAUUGCCACAUAACGGGAAGGUGAUUAUUGCUGAAUGCAUUCUACCAGUAGCCCCGGACACCAAGCUUGCAACUAAGAAUGUGGUCCACAUCGAUGUUAUCAUGUUGGCUCACAACCCGGGUGGGAAAGAAAGGACACAGAAGGAAUUUGAGGCCUUGGCGAAGGGGGCUGGAUUUGCUGGUUUCCGUGUGAUGUGCUGCGCUUUCAAUACCUAUGUCAUGGAAUUUCUCAAGAACAUUUGAGCUCAUUUUCGCUUGGGGAUUUUGUGCAUAGUUAAAUAUGCUUUCUGGUUUUUGAGUGUGUGAUUCUGUCUCUUAUAAUUUCCAGCAUCAAUUUUACAACACAUGAAACUGUUUUUUUUUUCCUUUUUUCUCAUUGAAGGGAAUAAAGAAGGAAUAAAUUCUGUAGCUCUACCAAGUUUAUUAAAAUAUUGUGUAUGAUUA